ACUUCACGCAACAGUCUACUAUUUAUUCCAAGGGAGAGAAGAGCCUCACUAUACCCUUCUCUUCACAUAACAAAAAUGGGUAGAAAGAUUGAGAUGAAGAAAAUAGAAGAGACAACGAAACGUCAAAUCACAUUUUCCAAAAGACGUAGUAAUUUAAUGAAGAAGGCGGAAGAGAUUGCUGUUUGUUGUGACGUUGACGUACUGUUUGUCGCGUUUUCACCGUCUGGUCGAAUCAGUAUAUUCUGUAGUAAAAAAAGUAUUGAAGAUAUGCUUCAGCUCUAUAUAAAUCUUUCGGUUGAGAGGAGAUUGACUCACAUAGCCGAUACUCAGAAAAAGAUGGAAAAACUGGGGCAAUUGAACCACAUCAACGGAGAUGUUAGCAAGCUACACUUUCUUGAUAAGCAGGAUUACGAACCAAGAGCAGACCAAGAGACUUCUCUUCAUCAACUCAAUUGGUGUGAGAGGAACUUGCAACAAUCUUUGCAAAAAGUCAUGGCUAGAAAAAUGGGAUUGGAGAAGCAAGGCAAGAUGGAUGUUCACUUGGAUGCACAACAAACAACUCCUCAGGAGCUUGAUACGUCGAUUAAUCCAUACAGUACAAGUAUUCAAGGGAGCAUGUUUCAAGAUUGGAUAGACAAAGGAAAAAGAGUAUCAGGCAGUUCUAUCAAUUAUGCAUAUAACACUCCCUAUGCAAGUUCUUCACAGUGUGAGAAUAUAUCAUUAUCUCCAAUCCAAAACCUAUCUUAUAUCUCAAUGCAGAGCGAGCAACAAAACAUGGUAGUAGAUGUCCAACAGAAUCCAACACAAGCAUUUGAGCAAUCAGAGACACAAGUGACUUUUGGUGAAAGUAUUGGCAGCUCUAUCAUGGACUUCUGGCACAAUCUUUGCAAUUCUACAAGGCCUGUCUCCGGUCCACUCUCCACUAUGGGUACACAAUCAAAUAAUCUCUCCCAAUUUGAGUUGGAGUAUGCCCAUUCAAAUUGGAGUAUGAACUUGAAUCAUAACAACAACAAUCACAUCAUUCAACAUAAUGAUCAUUCUUCAGUUCAGAGUGAUGCAAGAGUUCCUAAUGUUAAUGGAAGUAACUAUUACAUGAAGGAAAAUACCAUGGGAAACAAUGAAUAUUUCGUUGAAAAAACACAUGACAAUGAUUCGUGGGAAUGGGAUGAUGAUUUUCUCAAUGAGAUUUUCAGUGUGGAAGACUUCAGAAAUUUGGAUUGAUCAACCAAUGACCAAUAAUCUUUUCAAUCUUCAUUUAUAUUUGUGGUCCAUUUAAAUAAGGAUAAAUAAACACAACAGACUCCUAAUGUUUUAGUUUUUCUAUUUUCUUUUAUUACAAGAGAUCUAAAUGUACGUAGUGUGGCCUAUAUAUGAUAAAGUGAAUAACAAAGUGGGCCUAUCAAUGUCAGAAAAUAAAUUUUUGAGAUACCUAUCGAUAUGUAUUGUCCAAACAACACUUACAAUGAGGACAACCUAAUAAAUUUUUACAUUUAG